CCAAGAAACACUCGGGGGCGGAAGUUGGAGUGGUAUUUAAAUUUAGUUGGCGUUGUUAAAAACAAGUUGUCGGUUUCCGUCCAGUUGAGUACAGCAGAGCGUCCUGUAGCACCUAAGAUGAACGUCAGGAUUUCGUUGCUGCUUUUGGUCGCCGCCUGGCUUCAGUCCAGCUCCGCAGUUCCGUCCACUCCAUGUUAUUACCCUCCGUCUGAGAUGUGUUCGUCGCUGGAGGCGGCCGUCCGCUGUGGGGUGUUGCGAUCGUGUCUCGAAGCGAACUUCACAAAGUUGUUCCGCACAGCAGAACCAGUGCAGUUGGACCUUUAUUAUGAGACUCUCUGUCCUGGCUGCCGGAUGUUCAUCUCAGAAGUGCUGUUCCCAACCUGGGUCUUGCUGAAAGACAUCCUGUCGGUGAAUUUGGUGCCAUAUGGAAAUGCUCAGGAGACGCCAGAUGGGGACCAUUAUCAGUUUGAGUGCCAGCAUGGAGAGGAGGAGUGUCUGGGAAACAUGAUAGAGGCUUGCUUGCUCAACAUGACAGACAAAGCCUUCCACAUCAUCUACUGCAUGGAAAGUUCCGUUGAUGUCGUGAAUGCAGCAGAGAGCUGUGUGGCACUCUAUAGCUCAGAUUUAAGGUGGGAUGCCGUGGUGAACUGCGUGAAGGGAGACCAAGGGAACAAGCUGAUGCACCAGAACGCCUUGAAGACGGACGCUCUGCAGCCACCACACGAAUAUGUGCCUUGGAUCGUCAUCAAUGGGGUCCACACUGAGAAACUGCAGCAGGAUGCAAUGGCGUCCCUCUUCACUCUGGUCUGCAACAUGUAUAAGGGACCCAAGCCUGAGGCCUGCGGAGGCAAGUGCAGUCACUUCAGAAGUUACUGCACCAAAGACUGAGGGGAGACUCGAUUCAUGUGUGGCCCUUUACUUGGAUUUGAAUUUUUAUCAUACCGUCUGUCACUGAAAGGGAAUAAUUUUUAAAUGACGCACUUUAUCUAUUUUAAGCGCAAUACGUCUUAUACCCUCUAGAGCGCGCCGUUUCCCAUCUUAUGAAUGUAGUUUGGUUUUCGUUAGAAACUGAUUACAAUUUUCCUGAAAUAAAUACUGUUUGUGAUGUUAUAUUUUGGUUGGUUUAACUCAUAAAUAAACCCAAGAGCUGCUUGUCUUUUGAUCAAA